AUGCUGCAGCACUAUAUGCUGCACACAUUCCGAGAGGUGCGGGCCUUGUUCUCGUACCUGGACGACCUCACAAUAGUGGCAAAGCUGAUCCAUGACCAAACAUACAUAGUGUCAAUAGAUCAGCACUGGCCGGACUUGUACCACCAGACUCUGGAUAUUAUGGUUGACCGUAAUAUCCAGUUACAGCCGAAGAAGAGCCAAAUCGCCAGGCUAACAAAGAAGGUCACCCAUCUCUUUGGUCGGGACAUCCUGAACCAUGGCUACAUGAUCGACAGGGAUCGACUGAGGGACUUACUCAUGGCACCGGUCCCCAAGAACCAUAAGGAGUGA